UAUAAAAAAAUAUAGCAAUAAAAUAAAAUAAAAAUCCGUAAGAAAAGCAUCAGCAACAGUAGGAAGCUGGAAAGAAAGAAACAAGAUCCACCUCGAACCCCUCUCCAACCCUCCCUCCCUGUCCCUCCAUCUCUCCUCUUCUCCCAAUCUCUCCACUAUCAUCACCUUCACAACAGCACUGUCUUUCUCUGUUCUCUCCCUCUCUUUCCUUCGUGCUCUUUGCUCAAAUCCAUUUGGGUUGGGAGGAGAAAGGUUUCUUUGUAUACGAGUUUUGUGUGUGUCUCUCUUUCUAGCCACCAUCACUACCACCCUUAUUGGCUUUCCUUACUAUUGUUCUGCCGGAAUUAGCUCAGAACUAAAGGAAGGGUCCAAGUAAAAGAAACUGUGAAUUGGGUGUGAGAAAGAGCCAGAUUUGAGGAGUAGUAUGAGGGAGGAGGACUCGAAUUGGUUCUCCAGAUGGGAAGAAGAGCUCCCAUCCCCUGAAGAGCUCAUGCCCCUCUCCCAAACCCUAAUCACCCCUGAUCUUGCUUUGGCUUUUGAUAUCCGAAGCCCCAAUAACAUCAACAGUAACACCCCCACCCAACCACAAGCCCCACCCCAAUCCCAGCCUCAACCCUCUCCUUCGAAUCCUUUGCCCGCUUCGGCCACCACUCCUCCCCAUCCCAACUCAGCGGAAUUCGCUUCCGAUUCCGCCGAGUUGGGAUCUGGGCCCGGUGGCGAGGAGCCAGCCCGCACGCUUAAGCGGCCUCGGCUUGUAUGGACGCCACAGCUGCACAAGCGCUUUGUUGACGCUGUGGCGCACUUGGGGAUCAAGAAUGCUGUGCCCAAGACCAUAAUGCAGCUGAUGAGUGUGGAUGGGCUAACUAGGGAGAACGUCGCCAGCCAUUUGCAAAAGUACCGUCUUUAUCUCAAGCGAAUGCAGGGACUAUCUGCCGGGAGCGGUGGAGCAGGUGGCGGGGGUGGCGCCGGUGGAUUGGCUGCCACAGCUGACCCCGCCACUGACCAUUUGUUCGCGAGCUCCCCCGUGCCGCCGCAUUUUCUGCAUCCUGGUCGACCCAAUUCGGACUUCUUGCCAUUUGUUCCGGUGGCUGCCUUGCAGCACCAUCAUCACCAGCAACAGCAGCAACAGAUGGCGGUGGUCGCAGCGGCGGCAGCCCACCCGCAGCUGCAACAGCAGUAUCACAGGCAGGUGGGGCAUUUCGGGUCGCCACCAAGUGGGCAAUUUGAACAUCCAUUUCUGAGUAGGCAGUCACAGCCGUUGCAUAGGAUGGGAACCCCAGUGCACAAUUUAGUACCGGGGUAUGUGGAGGACUUGGAAUCGGCUAAUGGGACAGGAGGGAGGAAGGUUCUUACUCUAUUUCCAACUGGGGAUGAUUGAGUUUUGGUAAUUGUUGAUGCCGUCUUUAACGUCGAAGUUAUCGUUUGAUUCCGUUUCUGGGUCUUUGUGACAUUGGUGUCUGGUGGUAUUUAUUAGAUUUUUGUUUAGCUUAGACUCUUUGUUGUUAUUAUUGUGUUAGUUGGCCUUAGUUAUACUGGUCGUAGUAAGUGGUAUUGGGCUUCCAUUGGAAUCCGAAAUUCUGGGUCCAAUAAUUUGGGUUAAUUAAGCUUCUGUUGACAGCUGGAUGUCUUUCAUCACCCUUUGUGAGGUUAACCUUGGGGGAUCGGUUCAGUCAUGGCGUCCCUCAGUUCUGUGGACUGCUAAGUGUAUAAUUACAUUAUUUUAGUGGUUUUAUAUGUCUUCUUUGAGCUUCUGGUGACGGAUAUCGAUCAUGAUGUCACUCUGGGCGGCAAUUAUGUUUCUAAGCUCCUCUAUGACAGCAACUAUUAUGGUGCCAUGCUAAGGAUUUAUUUGGGAUGUCUUAGAUAUAUCCCAUGAUAGUCUGGGAAUCGGCUGGUUUUCUACCUCUCAUGGUCUCCUCACUGGUGAAAGGUUCUUAUUUCCAAGGUAUGCAGAGCUGAAGCAUUCAAUUGACGAACCAUUGAGAUUGAGGUGAGGAUAAAUAAUGCUGGAAAGUGCUGAAAUGUCUCUCUAGAAAUCUCAAAAUGGGGUUUAAGGUACCGAGUUUCUAAGCAAUAUGCAGGAAUCUCGUGUAUGUAAGACCGACCUCAUGUUAAUUGGCCUAAUUUCAUGUAGAGUUGUACUUUUUCGUACAUUGUGUGACUCUGUAGAAGACUUAAAACCCCUGAUGCAAGGAGGCCUCUUAAAAAAGUCUGAUGGUUAUUACAUUGUUGGUUCUAUUUAAUGCUCCAAGAAUAUUAAAUAA